CCCGGCGGCGGGGCGGGCGCAGCGUCCCGUGCCCGCGGGGCCGGCCGGGUACCGCAGUGCAUGUGGGACCGAGGGACCGGGGCCGAGAGCACCGCGGACAGCGGCGGCUGAGCGUCCUGCCCGCCCCGCUGCCCGACCUGGAGAGGCUGGCUGCAUCUCUUCGCUUUCUCAACUGCUGUGCGGAUAUGAGUGGACCGACCAAAAAGUUCAGUAUUUGAAGUGCGUUCGGCAGCCUUGGCAGUCGCAGAUGCAAAACUCUGGCGGAAACUAUCAGGAUUAUUUUUCUCUCUCUCGCUUCUGACGAGGCUUAUUUGUGUUGUUUCCCUCUCAGCUGACAGUUCACAGGAGAACCACCUCUACGGUCGACAGCUGGUUCCCAUCUGAGUGCCACAAACCAAUUCCAAGGAAUGGAGGAGAAUAAGGGGCAACGUGCUAAAACCAGCGGAGCAGUGAGUGACCUGAGGAGAAGCUGGCAGACCUGGGCAGAGGAUCGGGUCGAGUACCAGAGGAAGAACCCAUUCAGCAACGAUGACAGGCUUGCAUCUAAACCUCUGCACGCUCAGAGAGGAGACCCUGCCUACGGGAGACCCCCUGAAGGGUCUAAAACAGAGCAGAGAGGGAAAGAUGCUCACUCACAUGUAGAAAAGGAGGUGGAAGAGCUGUGCCUGAUUAUCAGAAGCACCGGGCAGAAGGGUGAAGAUGGACACGUGAGUGUAACGUUCGGGCAGCUGUUUGAGACAUAUGUGACAAUCUCCAACAAAGUGGUAGGAAUCUUGCUGAGAGCCAGAAAACACGGCCUGGUUCGUUUUGAAGGUGAAAUGCUUUGGCAAGGAAAGGAUGAUGAUGUGGUCAUCACUUUGCUGGAAUGAGACUUUGGCAUCUGAUCAGUUUUGCUGCUUGUUUCCAUUUGGAAAAAAACCUCUAGAUACUGUCUUGAAAAAGGUUUUCACUGCAGAAUUUCAGCUCUGCAAAUUAAUGGGACAUUUAAAGGAGAGAAAAUGGGUGUGAUACAUAAAAAACCAGUUUGCAUAAAAAUAUUAAGCGAUUUUGGAGAGAAAUCACAAAUAAUCAACUAAUCCGUCACAAUACCAAGCAUGCUGUGGUUUUUCAGGUAUCCUCACUGGGUUAGUGCUUUAGGUUCUGAACACUAAUGACUAAUUGCCACCAGAAAGCACUGAAUCUUGGAGGUUGUGAAAGACUUGCUGUGGGGGGGAUUUUGUGAUUUGUAAAACAUGGAAUUGAGCACUUUUGUGGGAAUUCAUAUGCUUCAAACAAAAGCUUGGCUGUAGCUAAAGUUUUCGUUAUUGGUGACUCUAAAUAAAUGGAAGUUAGGUUGACUUUCAUGAAGUAUAUGAAAAUGCCCAAGUUUACAGAAAUAUCACUUGCUUAGUGGCCUACAAUACACACAGCAAGGAUAUUUCACAUUUCCUAAGUAAGCUGCGUCUUGUUGAAUUUAAUGGUCUAUUCUUAGCAUAGCGUCUUCUGCAUCAAGUUCUUCUUCCUCUCUGUAUAUCCUACCACUUGCACCUUCUAAUGCUGUUUCAUACUAGGGGGGAUCACAAAGCUCCGCAGCCUUUUUGGUGACCUCAAAUAUACCCUUCCCAAAAAGUACGGUGCCACAACACAACAAUUUUAAAGACAUCAGAAAAUAUAUUGAGGUGUUCGUGGAAAGGAAAAAAUGACAAAUAAAAAAGCUCUGGAUUUAUUAAGCAAA